UUUCUCCCUUAGAGCUCUCCCCAUCCUUUUAUUGAGUCCUCCAGAAGCAAAAGACUUCAUCUUUCACCACACCAUUGAUCAUCACCUCCAGAAACCAUGAGCUAUUACAACCAGCAACAACCCCCAGUUGGUGUUCCUCCUCCUCAAGGUUAUCCACCUGAGGGAUAUCCCAAAGACGCUUAUCCUCCUCCGGGGUAUCCCCCACAGGGCUAUCCCCAGCAAGGCUAUCCUCCGCCUCAGGGAUAUGUCCAGCAAUACCCUCCUCCCUAUGCUCCCCAAUACGCUCAGCCUCCUCCUCAACAGCAACAGAACAACAGCAGUGGAUUCAUGGAAGGCUGUUUGGCUGCUCUGUGCUGUUGCUGUUUGCUCGAUGCUGUCUUCUGAUCGGAGAUUUGAGUCGACGAGAUUGAAGGCUCAUUUGAUCGGAGGAUUUUCAUCGUGUAGAGUUUGAGUCCAACCCAUAUUGGGUUGUCAAAUUCAUCUAUCUGUUACAGAAUUUCAUCCUACAAUAUUGUCAAGGUUCUGUUUUUUGUGUAUCAUUAGUGUUCUUCAUAAAUGAUAUGAAUAAGUUAUGAACUUUGGCUUGGAAGUUAGAAUGUUUCAUCGGUAUACUUGUUAUUAUAUAUGGCCUGGUGUGUUGUAUACAAUUCUCAACUAGGAUGUGAAUUACUUGUUUUUGGAUAUUGAAUGAUUAAACUUGUGCAAGAGCACAUUGGACAACUA